UGAGUUCAGUCAGUGUGCACCUUCAAGUGGUGACGGCAGGCAGCGAGUGGGGCCCCGGGAACACAGUACAGCUUGCCGCGGGUUGUGUCUAGUGCUUGUGUGUGUGACGCCUAGCUCUUGUCUCGCCUUCUACAGUAGGGAUUUGAAGCACUGCCUGCCUGUCUGUCUGUCUCGUACCUCCACCCCAGGCCUUCUUCAUAUGUCGAGGAUGCGCGAAUACAAGAUUGUAGUGCUGGGGUCGGGAGGUGUCGGUAAAUCAGCCCUCACAGUUCAGUUUGUGCAGGGCAUCUUUGUGGAGAAGUACGACCCCACUAUUGAGGACUCGUACCGGAAACAGGUGGAGGUGGACGGGUCACAGUGCAUGCUGGAGAUCCUUGACACCGCUGGAACGGAACAAUUCACUGCUAUGCGGGAUCUCUACAUGAAGAAUGGCCAAGGGUUCGUCCUGGUGUACAGCAUCACAGCACAGAGCACUUUCAAUGACCUCCAGGACCUCCGUGAACAGAUCCUCAGAGUCAAGGACACUGAAGACGUCCCGAUGAUCCUGGUUGGCAACAAGUGUGAUCUGGAGGACGAGCGUGUCGUUGGGAAGGACCAAGGAGUGAACCUGGCCAAGAACUUCAACUGCGCCUUCCUCGAGUCAUCUGCCAAGGCUAAAAUCAACGUGAACGAGAUCUUCUACGACCUGGUACGGCAGAUUAACCGGAAGUCACCCAUCAACACUAAGAUUAACAAGAAGUCCAGGCCAUGCUGUCUCUUAUAAGGCUGCGUGUGAUGUCUCUCCUUUUUAUUUGAAUGGGAAGGUCUAUUAGGGAUGUUAUGCCUUCAUCCUCUCAGGUGAUCAUGUGGUUUUUGUUCUACUGUCGGGGCGUGCUGGAAACUGACUGACUGAUCAUUCCUAGACUUGUAGUGUACUUACAUAUUUGCCAUCAGGGACGGGAACUGCCUUGGAGAUGAUGGACAUGGCUACUGCUGUAAGUAGUAAGUGAUUCAAGCAUAAUUUGUUGGUUACCUGUGUAAGGAAGGCUCUAUCUAUAUUUCUAAUUACUGCAGACCAUGUUCAUCAAAUGCUUACUUGUGCACGUCCUUUCAGUAGAAUGAAAAUCAAAGGAUGGGAAAAAAUGUUAAAAAAAAAAAAAGGCUGGUGCCACUUCUGAAAUCUUUUUUUGCACACCAAGAUGAUGAUGAAGAAGGCUUGUUUGUGUAUUUAGCAGAGAAGGUUGGUUGGGGGUGACUGACUGACUUGGUGAAGAAGCAGAUUCGAGACGACAACUUUAAAACACUAACCAAUUAUUAUUUUGGAGUUGUCGUUCGUUAUAUUCAGAGGUAAAUGCAUGUGUGUAUGAGUGUGCGCGUGCAUGUGUGUGUUUGGGUAUUCAGUUGGCUAGAGCAAGGCACCGGAUUGGUUGGCUGACUCUUGACGAGAGCAAUGGGAGGAAUGUGAUGUUGGCAUAACUGUUGUAAACUUUAUUUUUUUAUUUCUUAGUCUCUCAUCAUGAUGCAGAAUGCUACUACUACACUAGAUGAUAAAUGAAAAGUACCAUUUCCAAAGUUAUCCUAGUCUAUUUUUUUGCACAAAAUUCUGAAAUCCUUACUGCUACAUACAUGUUGAUAAAACCUAAAAACAUCAUUAUCACCUUCAUAUCGAGAGAGAGAGAGAGAGAGCGAGCGAGAGAGACUUUCCAGUUUCCAUCCCCACUGUACGUUUUCAUAACAUUUGUAAAAUAGGCGUGAAAGACAAAAGUUUGUAUGAGGUCUCAACGGAUGAAAUCUUGUCAUUUAUUUGCAUUACUGAGAAGUCUUUUGUACCUUUAGUAGCAAAUAGUUUAUAUAUUACCUUUAAGAUUCUGCUGCGCACAAGAUGCUUUAUGAAAACAGCUUAAAGUUAUGGAAGAAAUCUUUAAUGUGAAGAAGUGCAGACUGACUUUUAAUACUUUGGGUGCCAGUAAGGGAACAUAUUGAUUUGAUCCACAAACACCUCAAAAAUUAAUUCCCUACCACUGUGAUUCUUUAAUUUUGGCUACUCUGACCAGAACAAAAAGUAAGUCCACCAAGGAUGCAAGAUUCAUCAUAUAAACACCAUCAAUGGAUCAUUCCUCUUCUAGCACCUUAAUAUAUUUUUUUGCCUCGGAUAAUGGAUUGACAUGUCACCGGAAACAUUUCAUUCCAAGCUCGGGCCUGACCAAAGUAAGGCAAAGAUGAGAGGCUAUUUACAUGGCAAUUUCCCCAUUUGUGAGUGGUACUGAAUCCUUGCACACUUCGCAUGCACUUCUUCUCAGAACUCUUUUUCCCUGCUACUCAUCUUCUUGAAUGGUGUGACCUUACUAGACAUGACUAAGAGAAGUGAGUUGGGAUCUAUCUCUUGUUCCAGGAAUCUUGGAUUACAAGGGAGGGAGAAAGAGAGCAUAACAAGGGAUUAUCUAGCCAUUCAUUCAUUCAUUGCAGAUGUGUUUGUUUUUCUCAUCUUGUUUAAAAUAUUUCAGUGUUGCGUCUUGGUAAUGCCUGCUGCAGUUUGAUGUGAUGUGAUGAUGUUGUGUGCUAAGUAUAUAAGUGUAUAUCUGAUUUUUGCUCUGCUGUCAAGAAAAUCUUGCCUCAAAAAAAUUUAUAAAAAGGAAAAAAAAAGACCCCUAGAGAAAAAUAACAAGGGCAAAUGUAUAUAUAUAUAUAUCAACCUUGUUCUGUAUGUAGUUAAUAAUAAUAAUAUGCAGUUGGUGUAUUCAUCAUCACUGUUAUAUAUAUAUAUAUUUUUCUGACGAGGCAAAAGGAUGAUUGUGAGAGAGAGAGAGAGAGAGACGAGUGAAAGAGACAGCAGAAACUACUAUGAAUGAAUGUUUCCUGAUACGAGAACUGCAUUUAUAUGGCCCCUCUAUGUACCACUGCCUUGUUUUACUGCAUACUACAUCUACAUACUAUCAUUGCAAACUACUAUGUUAAGUGGUGAAUGAUGCAAUUCAGUGCUUCAUAAUAUUGCUAUUUACCAAUGACAUUUAAAUUUUUCUUGUAUACACAUUGUUUUCUACUGACCUGAAUGUCUCUUAUGUAAUUUAGGAAUAUCAAAAAAAGAAAAAUUGCCCUAGAGCAAGUAAGAAAUUAUUUCAUGUUGUAUGGUUCAAAACUAAUUGUGAUCAUAUGCAUUUUUAACUUUUAUUACUCUAGGGUUGUUUUAAGAUGAUACCAUUGGCUAGUAAUCCAUAAGACUAUUAGCGGCUUAUAAUAAACUAUUGGAGAAAGCUUUACCAUUUGUUUUCAGUAUGAUGAAAUUAAAUAUAUAUCGUGUACAUUGUUU